UUUGAUAUCCGCCUCCUCCAAGUUCUACAUGCAUGGCAGUGUCUUCCCACGGUACCUACGAUGGUAGUAUCGCGUUCCUGCGGCUCUAAUGCUAGAGACGGUGUUCUUGGGACAUCCUUGGUAGGUUUAGCCGAAUGGUGAAUCUCCGUACAGUCUCCUGCGAGUAUGCCAGCUGCUGUUCAUGGCUGUUCUGUGGGCAGGUUACGGAGCUCCCCAUUCAUUCGAUAUUACAGACUCGGCUUACUCGUCUGGGACGGACUAGAUCGAAGGAAAACGAGAGGUGUCCGUUGAGCUCAUGGAUGAGAGACACUUUUUACCCUGCCCGAGAGUGUAGAAUAACCGACUCGUCGGGUACUCUAUUUCCUGGAGUCGUAGCCGGGAGUUUUGCUGUGGCUUUAGGCGGCUUUGUGAGCGGCGCCUGUCCAGAGACUUUUCAUCAGAUCUUUAUCGCUGGUUGUAUCGAAAACAACAAUUCUCGGACCGGAUACCUGUCGCCGACUCCACAGUAUAUAUAGUUUCUUUUCUGGAAAAGCGGCCCAAAGAUCUUAGAUUUCAAUUUUGUCAUGAUA